GUUUCCUCCUCCCCUGCUUUUCUCUCCCUUUUUUUAUUUAUCUUUUGUAAAAUGAGGAGAGACAAGCGGCUGUGGUGAUGCAUGGCUAUUCUUGAUGAAUGGAACAGUUUGCAAGAGGAGAAUAGAUGACGAUGUUGGUUGACGAGUUGCCAGUUGUUGUUGAGCAUGAGUCACCUCGGGGGCAUGUUGCGCUGGAAGGAGGGCCUGCUGUUCCCCUCUCCCCCUUCCCUCCUCCUCCUCCUCUUCCUUUUCCUCCUCCACCACCACAGGUUCAAUAAAACUGAGCCUUGUCUCUCUGUGUGUGUGCCAUAGGCAUGCUAGUGUUCGUCCAACCCCUCGACUGAUUCCGCAUUCAUUUUCCUUGCGUCGCCAUUGUCAACAUUGUCGCUGUUGUUCAUUUGCAAAAAAAAGAAACUCUAAACCGUUUUCGGCAAAUGCGAGGGGCAACUGCGAGCAAAAGAGAUCAAAAAAAAAGGAACACUUGCGGUCUUGAUCACGUCAUUUAGAGACCAUCGUGAACACGUGUUCGUAAGUGUGAAAUGCGCAGCAAAAGCAACCGUUGCAACAAACAACCACAGCGACGUUAAAAUGCUUUGCAACGGCAUGGAAUACACAUUUGUACAAAAGGAACAGCAAGAACUAAAAUUUCUGCCAUGCUGUCAUUUCCACAUGUGUUGUGUGUUGCAGUUUGUAUGUCAUCGAUGAUGCUGGGUUGGAUGGCCCAGUGGAACAUUGAGAAACAACAACGUUUUUUGGGGCAUUGCAUCUUCUUUACCCGAGCAACUAACAAUCAGAGGCGAGCCAAACAAAAUUUGAUAGCCUCGUCGUCCUCAUUCUGAUGUCGUUUCUGAACCCAAAAGGAACUUUUAGGAAAUCGAGGAAAUCGGCAUUGUGACUUCACCUACGAGAGCAUUCUGCCAGCCACUGCUGGACAAACAUGUCAUUUUCUUCCUCCAAAAAAGCUGUAAACGGGAGACGUAAAUGGCAGAACGGAAGCCAGAGACCAAAAGCAAGAAAAAAGAUAAAUAGGGGGGGAUCCAUUCCUUCCCCUCCUCCUUCUCCGUGUGGUCAGUUUAUCCAUUAACAGCAAAUUCCUUCCACCUUUCAUCGGGUUUGGGUCCUUCUCCUGUGGGGGCACUUAUCAUCCUUUUUGUUGAUUGCACCCUUUUGCAUAUUUUAUCAUUCCACAUCUAUCACAUAUUUUUAACAACCACUUGCACAUCAUGAAAUCUAUCUUGUCUGUUGCCGCAUUGGCUGCUACCUUCAUUUCGACAGUCGCUGGACAUGGAUUCCUUGUGGGUCCUGGUGUCAUUGGUGCCGGCGAGAGGGGCACCGUUAGGAAUUACGGUGCUAUCAAUAUUGAUAUCGACAGUCUUCGUAGUCCCACACCGGGCAACUCUACCUUUUGCCGCAAUGCUCCUCCUGGUCCCAUUGUACCCAUCACACUCACCAACGGCGAGCCCUUCACAGUGACCUUGGCCAUGUCCACCGGAGCCGCCCACAUUGGUCCUUGCAGUAUUGAAAUUAUUGAUCCUGCGAACCCCGCCCCCGGCACCGGCGCUGUCAUUGUCAACCUGUGGCAGGCACAGGGUUGCGCCGUGCCGCCCAUCAACCAGCACUCUACCGGUGAUGUCAAGGCGGCCGCCUCGUCAGCAUGUCCUGGUGAUAUUCCAGCAGGAUUGAUAACCGAUGAUAUGUGUCUCUCGACAUGGACCUUUACCGUUGAAAAUGCGGAUAAAAUUACCUGCAAACGGUGCAUCCUGAGGUGGUACUGGGAGGGUUGGCAUUUGGGCGUCACCAACCCUGAGCACUAUGAAAACUGUGUCGAUGUUGAAGUCACUGUCGGCGGAGGUUCUGGAGCUGGUACACCCGCUACUCUUCCCGCAUCCACCGGUUCCACAGCAGCGCCUGCUCCUGCUCCUACUGGCUCGGUCCCUGCUCCCAGCUCUACCGCUACAUCAACUGCUGAAGCUGCCCCCGUACCAACCACAACCGCUGCCGCCCGCCUCGUUCGCCGCGCACGCCGCGCUGGAACUGGUUUGAAACUUAAAUGAGCAAAUCUAGAUACACGAUAAAUAUAGUGCUUCCUAGAUUAGGAUUAUUGUUUGUUUUCAUGUCUAGUCUGUACUUUUCUUAUGCUAGUAGUACUAGAGGUGGGUGAACCCUAGUAGAUAUAGUAUUUGCCAUAGCACACGUAUGUAAAAACACUAAAUGAAAGAAAUAAACGUAUGGAGUGGGUGUAUUUCAACAACAGUUUGUCCCAGUAACUUGCUCACUCGU